AUGUCUCUUUCUUUCAUUAUGUUUGGUUUCUUUCUUUUUUCUUUCUUUCUGCCUGCCUGCCUGCCUGCCUUCCUUCCUUCCUUCUCAACCUUCCUUCCUUCCUUCCUUCCUUCCUUCUUCUUCCUUCCUUCCUUCUCAACCUUCCUUCCUUCUUCCUUCUCAACCUUCUUUCCUUCCUUCCUUCCUUCCUUCCUUCUUCCUUCCUUCUCAACCUUCCUUCCUUUCCUUCUCAACUUUCCUUCCUUCCUCUUCCUUCCUUCCUUCCUUCCUUCUUCCUUCCUUCCUUCUCAACCUUCCUUCCUUCCUUCCUUCUCAACCUUCCUUCCUUCCUUCUUCCUUCCUUCCUUUCCAUUCCUUACUUCCUUCCUUCCUUCUCAACCUUCCUUCCUUCCUUCACAACCUUCCUUCCUUCCUUCUCAACCUUCCUUCCCUUCCUUCCUUCUUCCUUCUCUCAACCCUUCCUUCCUUCCUUCCUUCUCAACCUUUCUUCCUUCCUUCCUUCCUUCCUUCCUUCCUUCCUUCCUUCCUUCCUUCCUUCCUUCUCAUUCCUUCUCAACCUUCCUUCCUUCUCAACCUUCCUUCCUUCCUUCCUUCCUUCUCAACCUUCCUUCCUUCCUUCCUUCUCAACCUUCCUUCCUUCCUUCCUUCCUUCUCAACCUUCCUUCCUUCCUUCUCAACCUUCCUUCCUUCCUUCCUUCUCAACCUUCCUUCCUUCCUUCCUUCUCCUUCCUUCCUUCCUUCCUUCCUUCCUUCCUUCUUCUCAACCUUCCUUCCUUCCUUCUCAACCUUCCUUCCUUUCAACCUUCCUUCCUUCCUUCCUUCCUUCUCCUUCUUCUUCUUUCUUUCCUUCCUUCCUUCUCAACCUUCCUUCUUUCUUUCUUCCUUCCUUCCUUCUCAACCUUCCUUCCUUCUUCCUUCCUUCCUUCUCAACCUUCCUUCUUCUCAACCUUCCUUCCUUCUUCAACCUUCCUUCCUUCCUUCCUUCCUUCCUUCCUUCCUUCCUUCCUUCCUUCUCAACCUUCCUUCCUUCCUUCCUUCCUUCCUUCCUUCUCUUCCUUCCUUCCUUCCUUCUCAACCUUCUUCCUUCCUUCCUUCCUUCCUUCUCAACCUUCCUUCCUUUCUUCCUUCCUUCUCUUCCUUCCUUCCUUCCUUCUCAACCUUCCUUCCUUCCUUCCUUCCUUCUCAACCUUCCUUCCUUCCUUUGUUUCUUUCUUUCAUUGUCAAAAUCACUUUUUUGAAACUUGUUUCUUUUUUUUUCUAAUCCUAUUUUUUAUUUAUCUGUCUUAUAUUUCUUCGUUCCUUCUUUCUUUCCUUUUCGUUUCUUGUUUUCUUUUAAUCUUUUUUAAUUCGCUUCAUUCUUUCUCUUCUUUCUUCAUUUUUUUUUUCUUUCUUUCUUUCCCCCGCAAGCUAGCUCUUUCUUUCUCGCCUGCAUGUGUUGCGUUGUGGCUUCUUUUCCGCCUGUUUCUUUCUUUCUUUCUUUACUUUACUUCUUUCUUUCUUUACCUUCUUUCUUUAUAUUCUUUCUUUCUUUCUUUCUUUACCUUUCUUUCUUUCUUUCUUUCUUUCUUUCUUUCUUUCUUUCUUUCUUUCUUUCCCUUACUUCUUUCUUUACCAUUCUUUCUUUCUUUCUUUCUUUUUUCUUUCUUUCUUUCUUUCUUUCUUUCUUUCUUUCUUCUUUCUUUCCCUUACUUCUUUCUUUCUUUACUUUACUUCUUUCUUUCGUUCUUUCUUUCUUUCUUUCUUUACCUUACUUCUUUCUUUCUUUCUUUCUUUCUUUCUUUCUUUCUUUCUUUACCUUACUUCUUUCUUUCUUUCUUUUUUUUUUCUUUUCUUUCUUUCUUUCUUUCUUUCUUUCUUUCUUUCUUUCUUUCUUUCUUUACCUUACUUCUUUCUUUCUUUCUUUCUUUCUUUCUUUCUUUCUUUCUUUCUUUCUUUCUUUCUUUUACUUCUUUCUUUCUUUCUUUCUUUCUUUUUUCUUUACCUUACUUCUUUCUUUCUUUCUUUCUUUCUUUCUUUCUUUCUUUCUUUACCUUACUUCUUUCUUUCUUUACUUUACUUCUUUCUUUCGUUCUUUCUUUCUUUCUUUACCUUACUUCUUUCUUUCUUUCUUUCUUUUUUCUUUACCUUCUUUCUUUCUUUCUUUCUUUCUUUACCUUACUUCUUUCUUUCUUGACCUUACUUCUUUCUUUCUUUCUUUCUUUCUUUCUUUCUUUCUUUCUUUCUUUCUUUCUUUCUUUCUUUUUUUCUUCCAAAGUGUCAUUUGUUCUUUUUUCUAUUUUCUACUUUCUCCUUUUCUUUUUCCUUUUCUCUCCUUUUCUUCUUCUCUUUUCUCGUGAUUUCAUACAUUUAUUUUAUAGUUUCUUUGAUUUUUCUUUCUUUCUUUUAUACCUAUUUUUGUCUUCGACACUCUUUUUCUUACACUCACUUUAUUUUCGUCUUAUCUCUAUUUUUCUGCUUUUAAUUCUUUCUUUCUUUCUUUCUUUCUUUCUUUCUUUCUUUCUUAAGCAUUCUUUUUCUAUCUCUAUUCCUUUCUUUCUUCCUUUCUUUCUUCCUUUCUUCCUUUCUUUCUUCCUUUCUUUAAUUCCUUUCUUUCCUUACUUUCACUUACAUAUCUCACAAUUGAAUUCUUUUCUGUUGCUUUUCGUUUCUUCUUUUAUUAAAUUCUUUCUUCUUACCUACAACCCUUUGAAUUUCUAUCUUUCCUUUUCUUUGUUGGGCUUUUCAUUAUUCGCAUAUUUCUUUGCAUUCCACUCCUACUUUACCAUCCAACUGUUUCCUUUCUUCUUUUCUUUCAUAUUCUUUUGUAAUCCAGUCUCUCUUACCUUCCAAUCCACUGCUUGCUUGGUCAAGCGCCACCCUCAGCAUGCGCAAACGCAGAAUUAA